UAGGUUGCAGCAGCAGCAGGUCUCCUGAUGGUGGUGGGGGCCCCUGGAUUUAAGGGCCCAGAUUUCCUCUGCAGGCAGAGCGCACAUACAGGUCUGCUGUGUCUGAGCUUCUCUCCUCCUCCAGCCUCUCACAUGUUCCUGUUUUCCUCCCUCCCCUCUGCAGUGUCAUUGUAUCUCCUCCCCAGACCAGGCCUGUGUCUGCUUCUCUACAGUCUCCCCUUCCAGGCAGUGGCAGCUCUGCUCAGCAGAAAGGAGUAGACAUGGCUGAAGUGGAGAUAGCUACAGAGGCAUUAUCUGGAGCUCUGGACUCGCUGGCCACUCCAGAAUCGGUCAGUUUUAGUAUUGCCAUCGUCGGACCGCGAGGAUCAGGAAAGACCACACUAGUCCGAUCUCUUUGCCACCAAACAGAGCAGUUCAGUCCAAAGUUCUUAGACUCGUAUUUUAGAGGAGAAGAAGGAUCUCGUGAAGCGACGUGCCAUAUAUACCCUUCUCUGCCUAAUGUAACUCUUCUGGAUUACCCAGGGUACAACCACGGAGAUUCACCCACUGCGUACCUGGAGGGCAUCAAACCUGAGAACGUCCACUGCCUGGUGAUGACGGUUGGGGAGGUCAUCUCUGAUGCUGACCUGCAACUUCUGGGAACCCUAAAACAUUUAGGGAAACCCUACUGCGUGGUGCAGACCCAUGUUGACCUCAUGUUGCAUACUGAGAAGAGGCAGCAAGGGAAGAAUUACUGGAGAGGCCAGACACUUUUGGGCCUGAGGGGGAAAACAGAAGAGAGACUGGGUGGCAGUGGGCCUCAAGGAGCCCACAUCUUCCUGGUGUCCUGUCUAGAAGCCCCGAAUUUUGACUUUGUGGAGAUGGUGGAUUAUAUUGAGAGGGAGUUGCUGCAGUGGAAGAGGCCAGUCAGUCACACGGCGGAUCCUCAAACUCAAGAACUAGCGUCAGUCUUUGAGGUACAGUGUGAUCAAGAGGGACUUUCAGAAUUCUGCUCCCUUCUUAGCAUCUUUAUAGACAACCCUCCUCCCGUGUCGGCAGUGGUUGGCGUAACUGGCACAGAUAAAGAUGGCAUUCUUUGUGCCCUCUGCGAGCCUCCACUUUCAGGACUUGUCGUGAGAUCCCUUCCAGGUCCAGGUACCCCACCCAUGUCCGUGGAGCAGUAUUUGCAAAAUUUGCAGACGGAAGCUUGCGAUGUCUACUUGAUCGUUGGGUCAGGGAUGGACAACAGCUCCCGUGCCACCCUGGUUGAAGCCUUGGUUGCGGCUGGCAAACACUGUAUGCUGAUUGGUGGAGAUGAAGAGAGGAAACAUAGGCAGGAGGCCAAAGGGCACGUGGAAGGGGGGAAAAAGUCAGAUCGCCAUGGGGCUGAUUUUCCUGGUUUGAGAGUAGCUUUAGAGAAGGGAGCUCCUCAGCUAGUCAGAGAGAGGCUUCUGCAUUGCAUCCCUUCCAUAAUUGUUCAGCUGGUAAGAAGAGAGCGAAGAAGGCUGCUGAUGGGCAUAUACGAUCUCUGUCUGGACAUAUGCACCAAGUCAUCUCAAGGGGAGCUCCCUGAAGCUCUGUCCAAACUUUUAUCCGCUCUUACAUCGUUCCGUGCCCGUUACGGACUGGAUGAUGACUCACUAACACUAAUAUCACAAGUGACUGGCUGCAGCUCCGAGGAUUUGCGCACCGAGGUACAAUGCCCCCUGGCACAAGACCCAAGUGCAGAACAACUACUGCAGAUGGCAUCUCAGCCCCUAUCUUUGUCUGAGCUGGUCUGGAGCUACAUCCCACACUGGGGAGGAGGAGAGGAGGCCCCCACCAAAUUAUCUCACGAACGCACCUACCGACUUCUGGUGCAAGCCGCCUGGGGCAUGGCGGAGGAUGCAGAGAGGGUGCUGCUUCACGGAUGCACCAACCAGAAGGUGGCCAAAGAACGAACUGCUUUCUGUCACUGGCCCUGUGUGUGAUCUUCAAGAUCACCCCCACGGACCUCCACCCUGUAAGGUCCACGCACUUGCACACCAUUAUACAUAUAUGCUUUGGUGCAUCUUUGUCUAGGUGGGAAGCACGGCGCUGUCCUUCACCUUAAACUAUGUGGUAGUUUUUAAAAAAAAUAUCUUAAUCAGCAGUUUUUUGGGUGCGGAUUGUUUUUCUCAACCUAAAAAAGUAUAUAGUGACAAAUGUUGAUGUAUCGAA